AACUGGAUGGGUGACGACAGCGAUUUGCAUUUGGCUGUGUCUUGUCUUGGGUGUCCUGCCUCAUUACCUAAUGCUACCUAAUGCUAAUAAAUACCUAGUACAUAGUGCUUUAAGGUUAGUACCUAGUACGAAGUACUACUAACUACAGUCUACUAGUACCUGGCACGUUAAACAAACACCAAGGACCACUCAAAAGGAUUCCCCAAGCCCAAUUUCCAUCUUUUCACUUUUGUUUUCUGAUUUACCUACCUGACUCUGCCUGUCUCACAUAUUUGCGGUUUUGUUUCUGUCUUCUUUUUGCAUUUCCUCAUCAAGGGAAAACAAUCACGCAUCAUCAAUCUCUGAGGCGAUAAAUCGUUAUUUUUUGUCUCAGUUACAUUCGUUCCUAUUUGAACCUUUGCCGCAUUGCUGCAUUAAUUCACCCACUAUCUUAGUAAUACUCGGAGUCAGUAUCUGGAUUGGAAACCAGGGUAAACGACCAACAAAAGGUAUUGAGAAAAGCGAGAAGAUUGGGAGAAAAAGAAGAGAACAGAAAAGGAAAAGAAAGGGACAAAAACACUGUGCUGGUCACGCUCUUUCUUGAUUCCCAUUCGAACCCCGAUAAGAAGAGCGACCAUGGCCGCCAACGAAUACUACCACACGUCGUCACCACGACCCUACAAUAAUUACGAGCCAUCAGUGGCAUCCACAACCCCUCCCACCUAUACCUCACAACAGCAUCCGCCAGAUCGUACAGAACCUUCACCCUUCGAUACCGUUUUUGAUGAUCACGCCUAUCCAGCUAAUUCACAUGCCCGCCAAACACCCGAUUCCAUGAACUCUAGUCAGCAGAAUUUCGCCUAUGAUACGAGAUAUCAUGGCGGCGCACCUGGAGAUGUUUCACCUGUAGGCGGGGAUGAUAUUCCCCUGCGCCAGCAAAAUACCAAGCCACUCGGCUUUGGUCUAGAUUCAAAUGACCAUGUUUACGAUGCCCCCGAUCCGGAAUCUGGCCCUCCUCGAGAAGCAGCGUCUAACAAGCGUGGCAUGUUACGAUUUGGAGAACUAGGCAUGCUCGGAUCGGAAAAGAGAAGGAUACCCAUCAUCGUUUAUCUACUAUCUCUCAUUCAGAUCGUCGUCUUCAUUGUCGAGCUAGUUAAGGGCGCUCAACUCACUGGAAGCCCUAUUCAGACCAAGCCACAGUUUAACCCCAUGAUUGGUCCUUCCCAGCAGGUUCUCAUCAACAUGGGCUCGAGAUAUGUUCCGUGUAUGAAGAACGUGGACGGCGUCCAAAAUUACCGUGCUCCCGCCGGUGUUACCGAGAAUGGUUUCGGAUGGCCUUGUCCCAACACAACUUCGCUUGACCCCAACAAUGACUCGAACAAAUGUUCCCUCUCAGAGCUUUGUGGCUUCGAUGGUGUUCCCAAUCCAGAGUGGGACCCUGACAAUGGGCUCAACCAAAGUCCGGCACCCAACCAAUGGUUUCGCUUCAUAACUCCCAUCUUUAUGCACGCCGGUAUUAUCCACAUUGGCUUUAACUUGCUAUUGCAGCUCACUAUGGGAACGGAAAUUGAGAGAUCCAUCGGCUCUAUUCGGUUCUUUCUAGUCUAUAUGAGCGCUGGCAUCUUUGGUUUCGUCAUGGGAGGAAAUUACGCUGCUCCUGGUAUCUCAUCCACCGGAGCCUCGGGAUCCCUAUUUGGAAUUAUUGCCAUUACCCUACUCGAUCUCCUUUAUUCGUGGGGUGAAAGACGUAACCCUGGUAGGGAGCUAAUAUUCAUCAUCGUUGAGAUACUCAUAUCUUUUGCCCUCGGUCUGCUUCCUGGUCUAGACAACUUCUCCCAUAUUGGCGGCUUUAUUGUCGGGAUAUGCCUAGGUGUUAGUGUACUCCAUUCCCCGAACGCUCUUCGUCGUAAAAUUGGAGAAGAUCACUUCGGAGGGCCUUCGUACUCGAGCGUGAACGGCGGCAUAACCAGCGUCGCCUUUCCUUCUUUCCACAGGAACCCAGUGGGUUUCUUCAAGGGCAGAAAGCCUUUAUGGUGGGGUUGGUGGCUUGUUCGCGCUGCCUUUCUCAUCCUUGUUAUUGCCGUCUUCAUCGUACUACUCCAGAACUUUUACUCCAAUCAAAACAACUGCAGCUGGUGCAAAUAUCUCAGUUGUCUGCCCAUUAAUAACUGGUGUGAUAUCGGAAAUCUAACCAUCUCAACGACAACCACUACAAACAAGCGAAGCAUCGAGCUAUUUGCGCUAGAGCAGGUUGCUAAUCUCUAUUGAUUAAUGCUGGGUGGCUUGGUGGAGGAUGAUCAAUGGACUUAUGAUACCCGGAUGCUGGUGAAGAAAUAGGAAAAGAGUGUAUAUAGGCAGUGGAUUAUUAAGGGCUGGAAUAGGGGCGAGGAUUAAAAAAAGUCCGUGGGGAAGUGCGCAUUGAGAACACACUGAGAAAAUGGAGUAUCGACAUCGAGGUCGCAAGGGCGUCGACAUAGUUGAAUAUACUGACGCGAAAUGAAAUGAAAUGAACCAAUCAUUCCUCCCUAUCUCUCUCCUAGUUACAAUCUCUCUCGAGACCUCGGGAAGCUGCAUG